GGGGAGCGGGUGACGCAGUGUAUAGAAAGCAGCGCGCUGAGCGACGCGGGCUCACUUGGCCCAUGGAAGCCGACGGCUGCGCCUGCGUGUACAGAGCCCCGGCCGGCACCGGUACCAGCACACGGAGCAAGGUGGAGAUGAGCUCCGGCAAGGUACUGGCCAUCCAGGCCCGGAAGAGGAGGCCGAAAGGAAAGAAGGAGAAGGCUCGGAAAAAGCCAGAGGCUCAACAGAAAGCACCUUCUGCCCCUCCACCUCCUCCCCCUCCUCCACCACUCCCCGAGCCAGCACCACCAGAACCAGAGGAGGAGAUUCUAGGAUCUGACGAUGAGGAACAGGAAGACCCCGCUGAUUACUGUAAAGGUGGCUAUCAUCCCGUGAAGAUUGGAGAUUUGUUUAAUGGUCGUUACCACGUCAUCCGAAAGCUGGGAUGGGGUCAUUUUUCCACUGUGUGGCUCUGCUGGGACAUGCAGGGCAAGAGAUUUGUUGCAAUGAAAGUGGUAAAAAGUGCACAGCACUACACAGAGACGGCUUUGGAUGAAAUAAAGCUGCUAAGAUGUGUGCGGGAAAGUGACCCUGGCGAUCCAAACAAAGACAUGGUGGUGCAAUUGAUAGAUGACUUCAAAAUCUCUGGCAUGAACGGCAUACAUGUCUGCAUGGUAUUUGAAGUUCUUGGUCAUCACUUGUUAAAAUGGAUUAUUAAGUCAAACUAUCAGGGUCUUCCCAUUCGAUGUGUGAAAAGCAUUAUUCGUCAGGUUCUUCAGGGCUUGGACUAUCUUCACAGCAAAUGUAAAAUAAUCCAUACCGAUAUAAAGCCAGAAAAUAUUCUGAUGUGUGUUGAUGAUACAUAUGUGCGUAGAAUGGCUGCAGAAGCAACCGAAUGGCAGAAGGCUGGUGCACCACCCCCUUCUGGCUCUGCAGUGAGUACUGCUCCUCAACAGAAGCCAGUUGGCAAGAUUUCUAAAAACAAAAAGAAAAAACUAAAAAAGAAGCAAAAGCGUCAGGCUGAACUUCUUGAAAAACGCCUUCAGGAGAUUGAGGAAUUGGAGCGGGAGGCAGAGAGAAAAAAGACGGAGGAAAAUGUAUCUUCGGAUAUUCUUUCUAAUGAGCAGGACUUGGAAGGCCAGCCUGAGGCCAAGAUGAAAACAGUGUGUUUAGAGGAUGUAGCGGAUGAUGAGCCUGUCAAUGAAUAUGCAAGUAUUGUCUGCUCAGAAGGAGAAGAUCAUGAAGAAAAAGAAGACACAGAGAAGGAAAAUGUUGAGAAAGAUGACAAUGACACAGAGCAAGAAUUGGUCAACACAGAUCCAACCUGGAUUGAGUCUCCCAAAACCAAUGGCCAUAUGGAAAAUGGUCCUUUCUCUCUAGAACAGCAACUGGAUGAAGAUGAGGAUGAAGAGGACGACUGCCCCAACCCAGAUGAGCUUAAUUUAGAUGAGUCAAACGCUGAAAGUGAUUAUACGUACAGUAGCUCCUAUGAACAAUUUAAUGGUGAAUUGCCAAAUGGACAACAUAAGAAUCCAGAUUUGCAGUUUUCAGAGUUUUCGGCUUCAGUGUUCUCUGGGCCUUUGGAACCUGUAGAAGCUGGUUUGGCAACAGCCGAGGAUUGUGCUGUAACAGACAGAGAUGAAAGUAGUUCUUGUCAUGAUAGAAGCAGAACAGUCUCCGCAUCAAGUACUGGAGAUUUGCCAAAAAGCCUGUCUUUUGGGGAGGGAAGAUUUAACAAAAAAGAUGAUGAAGAAGGAUUUUCAGCCCAGGAAUUAACCAAGGAAGAGCUUGAAGCAAAAAUUUGUGCAGCAGACUUGCUAGUGAAUCCACUGGAUCCAAGAAAUGCUGAUAAGAUAAGAGUUAAAAUUGCUGACCUAGGAAAUGCCUGCUGGGUGCAUAAGCACUUCACAGAAGAUAUCCAGACCAGGCAAUAUAGGUCGAUAGAAGUUUUGAUAGGAGCUGGAUACAGCACACCUGCUGAUAUUUGGAGCACAGCAUGUAUGGCUUUUGAACUAGCAACUGGUGACUAUUUGUUUGAACCACAUUCUGGUGAAGACUAUUCCAGAGAUGAAGACCACAUAGCACACAUCAUUGAGCUUCUAGGCAAUAUCCCAAGACACUUUGCUCUGUCUGGAAAAUAUUCUCGGGAAUUCUUCAAUCGCAGAGAUCACAUAGCAUUGAUCACUGAACUGCUGGGAAAAAUCCCUCGAAAAUUUGCUAUAUUGGGGAAAUAUUCCAAGGAUUUUUUCAACAAAAAAGGAGAGCUUCGACACAUAACUAAACUGAAACCUUGGAGUCUGUUUGAUGUCCUGGUGGAGAAAUAUGGAUGGCCUCAAGAAGACGCUGCCCAGUUUACAGAUUUUCUGACACCAAUGUUAGAAAUGGUUCCAGAGAAGCGGGCAUCUGCUGGCGAGUGCCUCAGACACCCAUGGUUAAAUUCUUAGCAAAUAUCCCAAGAUUCUGGUUGUGCUCCGUUGCUUUGGACCUAAACACGGACGGUCACAAAAUCAAUAACAAGAUUGAGUGAUUUGGCUUCAACCUCAGAUCGUUUCAUUUUCAUUUUGAAGUCCUUUUUCUCUGUUUUUAUUUUGCUUGGUGUGCGCUGUGGUCAUUUGAAACGUUAGCCUCUAUGUCUUUAGCUAUAAGCUUUACUGACCCAUUUUUUCUGGGGAAGAGAAGGGAGGGAGAAAAAAAAAAAUAACAAAAAAAUGCUUAGUAUCUGGUCUUGUUUUUCAUGUUACGUGGCAUUCUGAUGUCCAAUUUCUGAAAAAGGAGUACAUUUUUUUUUCACAUGUCUGCCAGAUUUUGUAAUUAUUUAUGAAGAUAAGUUUUAGCAGAUGUUGGUUAAAUCCAUACUUUUGAAAUAAAUAACAGGCCUGAUAUAUGGGUACUGUACAAUUUUUACCCUGACAGAGGGAUUACCAUCCUUGUACUAUAGUGUAUGUACAUUCACUUUGUAAAUGUUUAUUUUCAUUAAAACCUCUGCAGUGCUAGGGCUACAACGUGUUGUGUGGCCCUUAAGUCUGACAAGGUUUCUUACGGGAUAGGUGGUUUAAAUUCCAAAGCAGGCCUAUAUUCUCCAAUUUUAGGAAGGUUUGUGCAUGUUAUCUACACUUUUGUUUUUGUCUUUAACUAUUGGGUUUUGUUGGGUUUUUUUUUUUUCCCCUUAGGUUUUGGUGAAUAAAAAGCUGCUCUACUUUUUAUCAAUGUUCUUUGCAAAAUAGUACUCCAAAUGGCACUUUAAGGGAGUUAAAUUCAUGGUAUUUCAAAUUAGUGCUUUUCUAUUGCAACUCUUUCUUCUGAUUACAAUUGCGGCAUCCUUUUUCUGUAUUGAAGCAGGAAUGAAUAACUAAACCUAUGAAAAGGUUGCAAUAGAGAAAAGUCAUAGAUAAGCCAGACUGUGUCUAACUUCUUCUUUGCCUGGUAUUCAAGGUGCAAACAAAAGUUAAAGGUUAGGUAAAAGUCAUUGAGCUCAUUAAACCUCCCACCAGUCUUUUGGUGGGGAGGAGAAAGUUUGAUUAUGGUAUUUUAUUCAUUUAUAAUAAACAGUGUGUUCUGUUCCCACAAAUAAGAAUUGCUAUUUUAAAGUUAAUUGUUCUUCAGGGAUUUCCAAAAAGCAGAUCACUGUUAGGUGAUGUGGUUUCCUCAGGGGUCCAAGCAAAACAGGUUGCUCAGUGGAAAUGAUUAUUGAGGAAUCUAGACGUAGCAGGUCAUUUUAAAAGGAUGUGAUUCUUCAGAGGUCUACGAGAACCUGGUCUCCUUGAGGAUGUUUCUUUAGGGCAGGCGUGCCCAAAAGGUAGAUCCCCAGAUGUUUUAAAACUACAGUAUCCAUGAUCCAUGGCCAUUCUUCAGGCAUUCCAAAGCAUCAUGGUAGUUGUAGUUCUAAAGCAUCUGGGGAUCUACCUUUUGUGCAUCCCUGCUUUAGGGUUUUACAUGAUGCAGGUUACCAUUUGAGGACGCAGUGCUUUAGGGAGUUAACUAGAAGUUCCAGGUCCAAUUACAGGAUGUGUCCUAUGAUUAUUUCCAUUGCUAUUUUCAGUGACUUCUGUUCCAGUAAUUUGCCAUUCCAAAGCAUUGGGGGGGGGGGGGGGGGGAAAUGUCUUUAAAAGUUUCAAAACAGACAUUGUGAUGGCAUGAUACCAUGGGUUUUUGCCACAUAAAAUAAUAUUCACAUGUGUAUUACAUUAACUUAAACUAUUACCAUGGAGGCAUAUUAAUGUGUAUGAUGUCUCGGGUAACAAAUAUAUUUUUUGCAAGAAUGCAAAAAUAAUAAAAAAUAAAAUUAUAUGGGUUUUAAAGUCAAUGUUUUUUGCUCUGCAGUGUGUAAUUCAGUGGGCGAAUUUAGACCUUUAAUGAAUAUUAACUAGCCCAUCUCACGAUUGCUUAGUUGUACAUAUAAUUCAGCAUUAUUUUUUUUAAACGAAUUGCACUGGUUAUAUGUAUUUUGGAUAAACUAACUACUCAGCAAUUCAUUUUCCCUUUCGAACGUUCAAGUUUUGUUCAAGUGCUCCUGUUCAGAGUAAUAGGAUUAAACUGUUCUAGAAUAUUCAGAUUUUAGAAUGUAAGCAGAGGUCUGUUUAACCUCCUUUUAGAAGUCAGUGGAUUGAAUGUAAAUUUAUUUCUGGUUUUUAAAAAAAUAAAAAAAUGAUGUGCCACUUUUUUCCCCCUUAACUUAUCCAUUGCAGUUUAAUCACAAGCCAUUGCAAUAAUUAGAUGUGAAAAUACCCUGUGUUGUAACAGUAACCAAUUGUGGUUUACAGUGCUUGCAGUUGUCCAAUAAAAUUGUAUGUUUUUUUUUCCCCAGAUUUUUUUGUCUCUACUGAAUAAUUACUUUUUCCUUUUUUCUUUUCUUUUUUUUUUUUUUUUCUUCAUCCUUCCAUUCAAUUGUUGCUUAUAAUAAAAGUUGGAAUAAAGUAGUUUGGUUUUGCCGGUGCACCUUUUAGUUAUUAGUGGUACAGAUUUAUUUGGAUUCUAAGCAUAGCAUACAACUGUGAUUGUGGGUAAUUAAAACAUUUGUGAAGUACUCGACUAUAUGGAAUCCAUAAAUUUUAUAUUGAUAUAUUAGCCCAAACAAUUGUUCAAAGAUCAUUUGGCUACUUGAAAAUGCAAGAAAUCUCAAUGUAUUCUUCCUGGUAAAACUUUCAAAAUAAAUCAUUAAACAAGCA